CGAUAGAUCUGUCUUGAAAGCAUUGUUCAGUUCUAUAAUUUGUUUCUCUACGUUUGAAACGAAGUACAAAAGUUGUUGUUGAUUUUAUUUAUUCUCGUCGAACUUAAAUUUGAUUUAUUUUUGGGCACCAUGUGGCCGAAAAGUCCUCGCAUCCGUCAGGUUAACUCCUCAUCUUUGAACAAUACCUCCCAAAAGGGAUCGCCAAGAGCACUCUACACAAAGUCUGCGAUCCAAGGACAGCUCAAGAAGCGUCGCAGCUAUGGCUCAAGAUACCUGAAGAAGGAAAUGAUUGUUGACAAGGAGAACAAGAACCCUUUGGUCAACCAGAGAUCCAAGGCUGGGAUGCUGACGCCCUCGUCCUCGGACAACUCAGUGACAACCUCCACCUCCAGCUCGGGGCAGUCCAGCUACACUGUGGCUCCCAAGAGCAGCUUCGUCAAGGAGCCGUCCCUUUCGACCUCCACUGCCGUGGCACCGUACUUGACCCUUAAACGCCAGCAGACUGCUACCAUGAUUAAUUACAAUGUUCGCAAGUCCCUAUCGCAAAUGGACUUCAAGGAAGCGCGUCGCACCGGCAACUACCAGGUGGUGGCCCACGUGCCCUCGCCCCGCAAGAUGCCGAUUACGGUGGACGAGCCUGAGGAAUCUGCCGUUGCAGUUCCGGCAGGAUUAGAAGCCAGUGUGGCCAAGCUGGUGCUGCCGCUCUGCGAUGGAGUCGAGGGGAAGAUGAGCUUUGUAGUCGCUCCGGAGCAGGAUGCCCGUGUGGCCAGCCUCAGGAUCUUCAACACCAUCAUGCUGCAUGCCUGGCGCAAGAGACGCGAAGAGGUGCGCUGCCUCAGCGACCAGGUGGAGGAUUUUAAAAAGAGUGUCGUGAAGAAUCGCAACCAGUUGCAUGUUUACAACUCACUCUUUUGCGUUGAGAAGCGCCGCAAUGCCACUCUGAAUGACCAGUUGAGACAAUCGUACCGUGACAAUGCCCAGACCAAGCUAUCCUACGAGGAGCUUAGCUUGAUCCUGGUGCAGACUCGAAGCGAAAAGGACAAGCUAGCCGAGGAGUUGUCCGCCAAAAACCAGGACAUCGUAAAUCUGCAGGAAGUCCAUGCAUCACAAAAGACUGAACUCUUCCAGGCGAUCGCCGAGCAGAGGCAUCAUCUGGAGCAGCUCACCCAGCUGCAGCGCGAACAUCAGGAUAGCCAGUGUGCCCUGGAGGAGAUGAGCCAGCAGCUGGAGCUGGUUCACAUCGACUUGUCUCUCAAACGAGACUUUAUCGAACACUUGAGUGAGAAUAUGGCCAAGAUGGAAGAGGACAAGCAAGCCGUCGAAGACAAGUACAGCAAGCUCCUUGAGCACUCACUGGAACUGGAGCAAACGCUCCAGGAAAAGCAGGAGCAGGUGGUCACUCUGCAGAACUGCCUGGCCGCCACUCUGGGCCAGAGAAUCCGCCAGUGCUUUGCCCAGAGCCAGGUGUACCAGCAUGCCACCUAUCGCAUGCUGCACUUUGUGGCCCACUACAUGUUGCCAGGGACCCCGCCACCCUCACCGACCAUGAUCCCGGGUGCGGUCACCAAGCUAAAGGGUCUCUUCUCACGUGCCCCCCAAAACGGGGGACCUGAGGCUGAUGAGGAUUGCGAUUGCGAUGAUGGGAAGGAGCAGGAGAAGGACGCACCGUCUGAGAGCCUCUUGAAGUUUACCGAAUAGUU